UUCGAAUUUGGUUUUUUUUUGUCAUUGUAAACAGCGGCAGAUGGCGGAUUGCCCUCGAUUUAAACACAUUUGUGCUUUUAUACAUUAUUGACUAUUUUGGAAUUUUGCACUUUUUGCUUAAAACACUAUGGUGGACGAUCAAUUUCCAGAUUACCUGAACGUUUACUACAAACGGCUAUUCCCGUACGCACAGUUUCACAAAUGGUUAUCCUACGGAAACGUAAACCCGGAAAAUUUUACAAACAGAGAGUUUUCUUUUACUUUACACGAAGACAUUUACAUUCGAUUUCAAUCUUUUAAUUCAUUGCAAGAAUUUGAAACGGAAAUUCAGAACAGAUGUCCGUUCAAAAUAGAUAUCGGGGCCGUGUUCAAUAUGAGCCCUAAGGUAUGCCGAAAUUAUCCUCAGUUUCAUGCUAUGGAAAAAGAACUCGUGAUUGAUAUUGAUAUGACUGAUUACGAUUCAAUUAGAACGUGUUGCUCUGGAGCUGAUGUUUGUCAAAAGUGUUGGAGGUUUAUGGUUAUUGCUGUUAAAAUUUUGGAACGGUCCUUACGUGAUGAUUUUGGUUGGAGUCAUUUGUUAUGGGUGUUUUCUGGACGACGUGGUAUUCAUUGUUGGAUAUGUGACGAAUCUGCAAGAAAACUCUCUCCUUCAGAACGAGGAGCCGUUAUUGAUUAUUUGGCUGUAUUAACCGCCGGAGACAAUAAACGAUGCAAUGUUAAUCACCCUUUUAUCAAAAAUUCAAUUUCAAUAAUAAAAGAAGAGUUUGAGAAUCUCAUUGUUGAACAAAAAUUUUUAGAAACACCUGAGCAGUGUAGUAAAAUUCUGUCGUUUAUAGCUGACGAAAAGCUCAAAGAGCAAAUAAAUUUACAAUUUUCGAAAUACCAAAAUAGUUUACAACGUUGGGAAGCACUAUCUCUUGUUGUUCAAAACAAUCACAAAAGGGGAUUGUUAAAUUUCAAAACAAAAUCGUGCGUAGAGGAUAUUUUAUUAUAUUUGGCGUAUCCAAGGCUGGAUGUAAAUGUUACCAAAGGACUGAAUCACUUGUUGAAAUCGCCAUUUUGUAUACAUCCCAAGACUGGAAAAGUUUGUGUGCCAAUUAAUCCAAAAGUGAUUGACAAAUUCAAUCCGAAUACAGUACCUACCAUCAGUAUGUUAAUUGAUGAAAUCACUGAAUACGACAAAAAACAAAAAGAAAUAGUUAGCGAUGCCAACACUAGUAGUAAUCGGUUAAAAGAUUAUAAGAAGACGUCCAUGUUAAAAAGCGUCAGUAUUUUUGAAGAAUUUUUAAGAAAUUUAGAAAACUCGUGGAAAGGCGACAGAAUUAAAAACAGCGAUUUGAAGAUGGAGUUUUAAAUGAUAUAGAUUUUUACAUAAUUAAGUUAUUGUAAUAGUUAUACUUAAUAAGUUGUAAUAAAAAUAUUAAUUUUUUUUUUUUAAUUUAAACCGUUAAAAUUACUAGUCUACAAUGUAAACUGUCAAAUAAAUUAUAAAUUAC